UCCUGCCCUCGGCAGGUCCUUGGCUGCUUAGGAGCUGUGAGAAUGGGCAGCUCUCUGGGCUCCCCCCAAAGAUCGUUACCUGCUCCUGCCCCCAGGUCUAGACCUUGGUCUACCUGCAUUCAGCAAGGCCCAGGCCCCAAAAUCCACCAGAACUUUUACACGCCCCAGAGAGGGGUGGGGACCUGGAGGCGCUCCUUCACCAGACUUCCCGCAGACACAGCUCAGGACCUAGAUCUCUCCAGCGCCUGUAUGAAACAAUGGCUUUCAAGUUUACAUAACCCUGGAUGGACCAGCAGCCCUGUGACGGUCAAGAUUGCCCUUCCUGAGGAUAAAGCCAGUACCCUGAACUCUCUGGUAAAUGGAACCCACUCUGCAGAGCAUCCUGACAAGAGUCCAGACCCCUGUGCUAAGGAAACUGUGCUGAAGGCUCUCAGUCAAUGUAAGAAGGGAAGGAGGCGGUUUGAUGGACCACUGUGGUUCGAAGUCCCAGAGGCAAAGAACUCAAGACAGAACCCAAAUCCCAGGCCCUCAUCUGCCUUCAAAUGCUGUAUGAAAAAUGGAGUGGCAGUUUCCUUUGUUCCCAAGCCAGGGCGUCUGAACCAAACCCCCAAGACCUACAAGAAGGAUACUGACCUCAAGCUAAGCAUCCACGCUGCCAUGCCAGCAGUACCAGAGCCUCACAUGGAAAGCUGGGAGAAGACCCAGGCCUUCUGUGAUCCCUCUAUUACUCCUGUGCCAAAGUCAGGAGACUUGGGGGUUUCCUUGGUGGGCAGGGAUUCCCAGUCUAGUAUGUCCAGUGACUUCUAAUUCAGUGUCAUCAUCCCCUUUGGAGAUUCCAAUUUAUGAACUUUCAUCCCCUAAACCUACAUUCUAUCCCAGUUUGGGACUUAAUACUUGCUCCAUCUCUCUAUUUCUUGACCUGCCAAACCCAAACUAUCUUGGCCAUCAUGAUCCUUCUGCCUUUAAACCCAAACCAGCAUCGCUGGAAGGUGUCACUCCUCUGCUAUUUGCCAAAUUUGUAUAGUUGAACAUUUACUUAUUAAAGCUGUAUUAUCAAUGAGAA